UAGCUUUAAGAAACAGUAAGCACUUCUGACUGUACUGAAUAUAGAAAAUUAGGUGACUUCCUACACUGCAAAUCAUGGCACUACCAUUCCGGAAGGACUUAGAAAAGUACAAGGACCUCGAUGAAGAUGAGCUCCUUGGCAAUCUCUCAGAAAUAGAACUGAAACAACUGGAAACUGUUCUGGAUGAUCUUGACCCUGAGAAUGCCCUUCUGCCUGCAGGAUUCCGGCAGAAGAACCAGACAUCCAAGUCCGCCACGGGGCCGUUUGAUAGAGAGCACCUCCUUUCGUAUCUGGAGAAGGAAGCGUUAGAGCAUAAGGACAGGGAAGACUAUGUGCCCUACACUGGGGAAAAAAAAGGGAAAAUAUUUAUCCCUAAACAGAAACCUAUACAGACUAUUACAGAAGAAAAAGUGUCUCUUGAUCCAGAAUUAGAAGAAGCUUUGACAAGUGCUUCUGAUACAGAAUUGUGUGACCUCGCAGCUAUUCUUGGGAUGCACAAUUUGAUAACGAAUACACAGUUCUGUAAUAUAGUGGGAAGUAGUAAUGGUGUCGACCAAGAACAUUUUUCAAAUGUGGUAAAAGGUGAAACGAUUCUUCCAGUAUUUGAUGAGCCACCAAAUCCAACCAACGUUGAAGAGAGUUUAAAGAGAAUUAAAGAAAAUGAUGUUCGUCUUGUUGAAGUUAAUUUGAAUAAUAUAAAGAACAUCCCAAUUCCAACCCUAAAAGAUUUUGCGAAGGCUUUGGAAACCAACACACAUGUGAAGCAUUUCAGUCUUGCAGCCACCCGGAGCAAUGACCCUGUUGCUGUUGCUUUUGCAGAUAUGCUGAGAGUGAACAAAAAUUUGAAGAGCUUAAAUAUGGAGUCCAACUUUAUUACAGGCGCUGGGAUUCUAGCACUGAUUGACGCAUUAAGAGAUAAUGAAACCCUGGUCGAGCUCAAGAUUGACAAUCAGAGGCAGCAGUUGGGGACAGCUGUAGAAUUGGAAAUGGCCAAGAUGCUUGAGGAAAAUACAAAUAUCCUAAAAUUUGGAUAUCAGUUUACACAGCAAGGACCCCGAACCAGGGCAGCUAAUGCUAUAACAAAAAACAACGACUUAGUUCGCAAGAGACGAGUUGAAGGAGACCACCAGUAAAUCCCACCAAGGUCUACUCUUUGGGAGACUUCGAAAGGUCGCCAAGGGCUUGUGUUGGUGA